GCUCACAGAAUUAAAUCCUGAAUGCAAACUUCCUCGGCUUUUGCAAGCCAACAGAAAAAAAGCCCCUGCUACUGAGCCCCCGUCACUGCAAAACUUCAAAGCGCGUCCUUCUCCUGCAGCAAAUAUCGCCCGAAGGAGGGAAGAGGCGAACAGAGGGAACAGCCAGCGGCCGGAAGGCUUUUGCGGCAACAUCGACCAGCCUCCGGAGCAGCGACGGGGCCCGACAAAGGGGUUGACCAAUAGAGAGCGAGAUCGGUGGUCAGGGACUGUCCCGAUUGGCGCAAAGGGCCGCCGCUCAAGCAAGAAAUGGCUGGCAAGAGCCAGGAGCAGAUCAUUCAAGAAGAAUUGACCUGUUCCAUAUGCUAUGACCUCUUCAGGAACCCUGUUAUGCUGGAAUGCAUGCACCAUUUUUGUAAAGAGUGCAUCCAGAAAUAUUGGAAUGGAUGCCCCAGAAUUGCCACUUGCCCCCAGUGUCGGCAAAAGUUUCCUUCCCGAUCCUUUCAUCCCAAUUUCAUUGUAUCUAAUAUAGCGGAGACAGUUCGAAGAUCUGCCUCUGAGGAGCACAGAAGAAAAACCCAGAUGGAGUUCCAAAAGGUCCUUCAGGCCUACCAGAGGAAAUGUGAGAAACUGCUGAAGAUGAAGCAAAAGAAUGAGGAAAAUAUGGAUUACUUGGUGAAAACAUCUGGGAAACUGAACUGUGAGAUCCAUGCAGCAUUUCAACAUCUUCAUCAGAUCCUACGAGAGGAGGAAGGAAGGAUGCUGGUGGAACUGGCUAGAGAAAAAGAACAGUGUAUGCUCAGACUGAAAAAUGUUUCUGUACAAUUAAUAGAAGAGAUUUCUGAGUUGAAGAAGAGCAUGGAGCAGAUACAGCGCAAACUUGACAGCUCUGAGAUCUCAUCAGGGCUGCAGGUGGAAACUCUGCCUGUCAGACCAGCAGUGCAACUAGAAACGUUGACUUUGGCUCUAAAACAGUACAAGGAGCUGUGUGACGGGCCCUUGCAGUACAUAAUUUGGAGAAAGAUGCUGAAAUCCAUCAGCCCAGCUCCUGCCGUUCUGACCCUGGAUCCAAACUCAGCCCACCCCAACCUCCUCCUCUCCAAAGAUCUGACUUCAGUGACAGAGAGGGAGUCACCACAGGCAGUACCCGUAAGCCCCAGACGUUUCCUGCAAAGCGUGAACGUGUUGGCCAUGGAGUCCUUUGAAAGCGGGCAGCAUUACUGGGAAGUCUGGGUGGGCAACAAGACCAAGUGGGAAUUAGGAGUGGCUUCAGACAACGUGGAUCGGGCAGCAAGAGUGCGGCUGUGCCCAGAAAAUGGCUAUUGGACAAUAAGACUGUGGAACGACUCCGAGUAUUGGGCUGCGGCGACUCCCUGGAUACGUUUGAAGCCCCAAUGCUUGCUGAGGAAAGUGGGGGUGUUGUUGGACUGCAAGGCCAAAAAGCUGACUUUUUAUAAUGCUGAGGAGAUGUCACUCCUCUUUACUUUCCACCAGAUGUGGGCUAGCAAAUUUUAUCCUUUUUUCAGUACCGGCUUCAGUCAUGGCAAGAAGAAUGCAGAGCCCAUGAGGAUCUGCCACCCUCUCAGGCUCUGAAAUCUUCACGUUUCACACGUUCCUUUCUGCCUUAGUGCUAUUACAAUACUGCUCCUCUAUCCUCAUAACUGCCACUGGUAAACGUUUGUUGAGAUUUCAAACCAUUUAUAUUUGUGAUAUAGAUCCAGCCAACCGUAAUGAAAAACGAAGGGUUGUUGACCAUUUUUAUUUAAAGUGGCCCCUUAUUGUCUUUUCUAAGGUGGGUUUUCUUUAUUUUUAAUCUAACAAGAUCAUUGCUAUUCAUUUAAGAUUCAAUCUGGCAAACACUCAAGCAAAAAAUAUUGACUAUAAUUCUAAUAUAUCAGAAGAAAAUGAUAGGUAUACGUUUCUAUUCCCUAUUACCACUUUUUCUAAGUGUAAACAUGUUUUGUACACACACACACAUAUAUAUAUAAGUUUGUACUUUAACUGCCUGAAGAAAAAAAAUCCUUAUCAGUGAGAUUCGGUCAUCCAAAAGUGCUUUUAGUUUUCAUUUGUAUUCUGAGUUAAAAACAAAAAAAAUAGAUCUCAAAAGGAAGCUUAAAUUUAAAAAGAGAGCAUGAAGAAGAAAUGGUUUCUAAACAAGUUACACAACAGACAUAACACCAGCAGGCAUGAGAGUAUCACAUCUUGUGUUAGAUUCUGAGGAGAUUUUCAGUCAGUCUAAGAGAUUGAAAGAAGCCUUUUCUGUGAUACAGGACUAAGAUGCUGAAGAAUUAGAUCAUGAUGUAUCUUUAAAGGAACCAGCCAGAUUCACUGAAGGACAGCUUAUAGUGCAGAGGAAGAUUUUCCCAAUUUUGUUGCAGAGUUUUCAAAUAAAAAAAUGAGACGUGUAUAUGCUAUCAUUUGGUGCAGUAGCUUUUUAUCGAGAUUGACAUUAAAGAAUAUUCAUGAGUAGAA